AUGAGGCCGCGCUCGGGCGGGCGCCCAGGGGCCCCGGGCCGCCGCCGCCUCCGCCGCCGCCCCCAAGGCCCCCGCGGCCGCCGUCUGCCGCCGCCGCCGCCGCUGCCGCUGCUGCUCGGGCUGUUGCUGGCGGCCGCGGGGCCCGGCGCUGCGCGGGCCAAGGAGACGGCGUUCGUGGAGGUGGUGCUGUUCGAAUCGAGCCCGAGCGGCGACUACACCACCUACACCACCGGCCUCACGGGCCGCUUCUCGCGGGCCGGGGCCACGCUCAGCGCGGAGGGCGAGAUUGUGCAGAUGCACCCGCUGGGCCUGUGUAACAACAAUGACGAAGAGGACUUGUACGAAUACGGCUGGGUGGGUGUGGUGAAGCUGGAACAGCCAGAACUGGACCCGAAACCAUGCCUCACUGUCCUGGGCAAGGCCAAGCGAGCAGUGCAGCGCGGAGCUACUGCUGUCAUUUUCGACGUAUCUGAAAACCCAGAAGCUAUAGACCAGCUGAACCAGGGCUCGGAGGACCCACUCAAGAGGCCGGUGGUGUACGUGAAGGGUGCAGACGCCGUCAAGCUGAUGAACAUCGUCAACAAGCAGAAGGUGGCCCGAGCGAGGAUCCAGCACCGCCCUCCUCGACAACCCACUGAGUACUUUGACAUGGGGAUCUUCCUGGCUUUCUUCGUCGUGGUCUCCUUGGUCUGCCUCAUCCUCCUCGUCAAAAUCAAGCUGAAACAGCGACGCAGUCAGAAUUCCAUGAACAGACUGGCUGUACAGGCCCUGGAGAAGAUGGAAACCAGGAAGUUCAACUCCAAGAGCAAGGGGCGCCGGGAGGGGAGCUGCGGGGCCCUGGAUACGCUCAGCAGCAGCUCCACAUCCGACUGCGCCAUCUGCCUGGAGAAGUACAUCGAUGGAGAGGAGCUGCGGGUCAUCCCCUGUGCUCACCGCUUUCACAGGAAGUGCGUGGACCCCUGGCUACUGCAGCACCACACCUGCCCCCACUGCCGACACAACAUCAUAGAGCAAAAGGGAAACCCGAGCGCCGUGUGCGUGGAGACGAGCAACCUGGCACGCAGCCGGCAGCAGAGGGUCAUCUUGCCGGUGCACUACCCCGGCCGCGUGCACAGGACCAGCGCCAUCCCGGCCUACCCCACCAGGACGAGCAUGGACUCCCACGGGAACCCCGUCACACUGCUGACCGUGGACCGGCACGGGGAGCAGAGCCUCUAUUCGCCCCAGACCCCCGCCUACAUCCGCGGCUACCCGCCCCUCCACCUGGACCCCGCGCUGGCCCCGCACCGCUGCGGCCUGGAGCACCGGCCCUACUCCCCCGCCCAUCCCUUCCGCCGGCCCAAGUUCAGCGGCCGCAGCUUCUCCAAGGCAGCUUGCUUCUCCCAGUAUGAGACCAUGUACCAGCACUACUACUUCCAGGGCCUCAGCUACCCCGAGCAGGAGGGCCAGGCCCCAGCCGGCCUGGCUCCCAGGGGCCCGGCCCGGGCCUUUCCCCCGAGCGCUGGCGGCGGCGGCCUGCUCUUCCCCACCGUGGUCCACGUGGCGCCGCCUGCCCACCUGGAGAGCGGCAGCGCGUCCAGCUUCAGCUGCUACCACGGCCAUCGCUCGGUGUGCAGCGGCUACCUGGCCGACUGCCCAGGCAGUGACAGCAGCAGCAGCAGCAGCAGCUCUGGCCAGUGCCACUGCUCGUCCAGCGACUCGGUGGUGGACUGCACAGAGGUCAGCAACCAGGGCGUGUACGGGAGCUGCUCCACCUUCCGCAGCUCCCUCAGCAGCGACUACGACCCCUUCAUCUACCGCAGCCGGAGCCCCUGUCGCACCAGCGAUGUGGGGGGCUCAGGUCGGGGGCCGGUCCUGCGCCUGGAGGGCUCCCCGCCCCCCGAGGAGCUCCCGGCAGCCCACAGUCAGGGUGCGGCGCACGGAGAGCCCUGGCCCGGCCCUGCCUCUCCGUCGGGGGACCAGCUGUCCACCUGCAGCCUGGAGAUGAACUGCAGCAGCAGCUCCUCCCUGGAGCACCGCGGGCCCAAUGGCUCUACCUCAGAAGUGGGGCUCGAGGCCUCCCCUGGGGCCGCCCCAGACCUCAGGAGGACCUGGAAGGGGACCCGGGAGGGGCCAUCAUGUGCCUGCUGCUGUGAGCCCCAGCCCUCUGCCCUGGAGCCCAGCGUGGGAGCGGUGGGGGGCAGCACCUUGUUCCUGGGCCCCCCGGGUGGGGAGCCACAGCCGGGGAGCUCCCAGGGUCCGUACGGCCUUCACCCAGACCAUUUGCCCAGGACAGAUGGGGUGAAAUACGAGGGGCUGCCCUGCUGCUUCUAUGAAGAGAAGCAGGUGGCCCACGGCGGCGGGGGCAGCAGCUGCUACCCGGAGGACUGCUCAGUGCGUGUGCAGUACAUGCUCACCCAGGAGCCCCCGCCCAGCUGCCACCCUGGGGCCCGGGACCUGAGCCAGCGCAUCCCCAUCAUUCCAGAGGAUGUGGACUACGACUUGGGCUUGCUCUCCAACCGCCAAGGGACUCGUGGCCUCGGCCCCUGGGGUGGGAUGCUGCCAGGCCCCGAUGCCCCAUGGCCCCGCAGGGGCCUGGGAGCAGCCCAGGAAGAAGAGCAGGUUCUGUGCUGCCCGGCCAGGGCACCACUGCCCCCUGGCUGCCCUCCGGAGGAGGUGGGGCCCUCCAGGGCCAGCCCCCCCAGGGCCUCCCAGGACACUCAGGAGUCCAACGCCACAGCCACUGAGGCUACAGGACAGAGCUCUCGCCCAGCAGACAGUGGCGGCCCUGGAGCCUGAGCAAGGAAGGAACUCUUAUGUGGAAAUGGGAACUGUACGGAGACUCCAAACUCUGACUUCCUACAGAAAAAAAAAAAAAAGAAAAAGAUUUUUUUAGCUUUGACAAACACAAAAGUGGUAAUAAAAAGAGCCCUCCUUCUCAACCCAAAAUGUGAGCCACCUGUGGCAGCCCCACCCAUUAACAAACCAACAGACAAAAUUCUCUGAGUCUUCUGCCUCUUUUGAUAACUAGGACCCUCGAUAACAUGUUAUUCUUCUGUUUUGUAAAGUGUGUGUGCUUGGGGUUCCAAGGUGUGUGGGAUUGAGUUCUCUGCUUUGUUUUUUAAGAUAUUAUAUGUAAAUGUACAAAGUUAUUUAAAUAUAUAUUUUAAAGAACCCUAACCGCCAACUUUUGCUGAAAAAAAAAAAUCACUGCUGCAUUAAUUGAACCACAUCAUGUGUAGAUACUGUUGUCUCCCUGGAGGGAGCUCAGGCCUUUGAAAAGCUCAGGGCUACACCUGCCUUAGAAAAUGAACCAGAAACUUGAAGUAAAGCUAGUUGAUAUGGGUACAAACUCUGAGGAACAAUGCAAUGCUGCCUCUUUCUUUCUCAUGGCAAAUCCCACCGUACGAAAUUUCAGGUCUUCUCAGAAGCCAUGCCUCUCCAGCCCAAACCUCUAGGCAGCUGAUGGAAAUAUCCAGGAAUAGGUCUGCAGCACUGGGGAGCCGGGACAAGCCAUUGCUACGUAAGCCCCCGGGGUGACAAGAGACGAUUCUGUCCAGUGUUCUCGGUGUGUCCCCUCAGGUCCUCGUCUAAGUAAAAGGACGGAGUUCACAGUCCUAUCUUGGGCUUCCUGCCACUGGCUGCAGAGAUGGUUCCACGGGGUGUGUGGGGACAAACACCCGGGAGGAAUGUAUGUAGUUUUGCCGCCUUGGGGUCGUGGGAGCUCGGGGAACGAUGCGUGGGGGAGGGGGGCGCCCCGGGGUGCGGUUGCCCUGGAGCGGGCCUGUGCGCAUGCGUCUCUGUCCGCAGCCACACCCCUCCGCUGCUCCGGCUGCUUUCCUGGGAGCACGUGGCCAGGACCCUACCGGGUCUGAGCUCCGAUCUGUCCCUUCACAUUUCCCUACAGAAGCACCGCUUCAGGGUUGUUUAGCCCUCUGCCUCAUGGCUGAAGUUGCUCAUCUCGCAUGCAGAAGUCUACUAGCCUUUCUACCUAAUGCACUAUUAUGUAUCGAUUCUCCAUGAGACAGAGAGAAAGAGACUAUCAGUUUAGACCCAAAGGGUAGGUUUUUGUAUGUUCCAGACUUUUGUUGUUUUUGUUGUUUUUUUAAGAGGGAGGGAGAGUUUAAAAACCCAAACCAUUUUUUAAAAGAUGUUUCCAUUUUAAAAGGGAGAAUCUAUUUCAGAUCAGGGAUUGUCAUUCUUUAUGUCCAAUGUAUUUCUUGUUCUUAAAGUUCUUUUCAAAAGAAACUAAUCAUGUUAGCCCUUGUGUUUGCUAACUCUUCUGGUCACUUGUGUUUAUUCAUGUAUUCAGCAGGUAUUGGUUGUCAUCGGAAAUGCUCAUUUGCUGACUAGCGCCCUUGAGACCUGGCCCCCUGUGGGUGGGGAAGUGGAGGCCAUACCAGGGUGGCCGGGUGACUGUGAUGGCACCUCUCCAGUAAGGCUCAGGGGAGGUCAGCCCAGGUUUCACACCAGAACGUUUUGAAUGAGAAUCUUACUUUAUCAGAAUCCCUUUUUUUCCCCUUAAAAACCUCAGCCUGUGUUGAGGAAAUUCACUUACUUCCAGCCAGGAUUUGACAGGGGAAGAAAUUACAGCGUCAAAUGAGCCAUUUGCUGUUUAGGAGCUCACCAUGGUGAGAUUUGUCCUUCAGCCUCCGAGGUGCGGUCCCUUGGGUGAUACCCACUUCCUCCCUCCCCGCCUAUGCCCAGCACACCUGUUGACGAGGGUGUGAGAAGCGCCUGAACCCGUGACAUGUGAUCUGGGCCGCCUUGAUUUCUGGGGCCAGGAGGCGCAGCUGCCAAGGACAACAGCUUGCAUGUGAUGGUUUUAGGGAAGGGUUUGGGUAUGGCGUCUAACAUGUCCAGCAAAAGCAGUUCUCGUUAUUGAGAUUUUGUUUGUUUGUUUGUGGGUUUUGUUUUCGUUCUUGUUUUGAAUGCCUUUAAGGGCAUAGUAUCUUCCUUGUCUGAAACCAUACCCCCAAAGUGGCUUUCUUUAGCCCUGGCUGGAAAACCACUCCUCGACAGCCUUAAGCAAGAAAUAGGUGAGGAGAGAAUGUGGCUUCAACAAGGCUUAUUCAAAUAAACGUAUCCCAUUUUCAUCUGAAAGAGCAAUAACUAGAGACGGCAAAAGAAACACACUUAAUUUUUAUAGUUUACAGGGUGGUAGAAACAGAAAAAUGACAUUUUUAAACUGUAAAUCUCAGCCAUUGUCUGAAAUGUGUGUUGGCUCACCAGACAGGGAGGUCACCAGAAUUGGGCAACCAAGUACAUUAUUUAUUGCCUCACCAUUCAAGUCAAAAGAAAUGUCUUCUUUGAAGUCUUAAGAUUCCAAUCAUGAUGACAAGUACCUUUUUUCAGUGGCCUCUCAGCUGCGUAGGAAGUGGGAACAUCACAUUUGCCAUUGAGAGCCACCCCCCCAUCCCGACACCCCACCUCUCACCGGAAUGUGACUGUUGGGUGUGGUCCUGUGGCCCCGCCUUGCGUGUAGGACAGCCAGGUAAAUUGCAGAGUGCCAGAACCUGUUAACAGUGGGGGUUUGGGAGUUCUUUGUAGUAGACACAGCCCCAGUCUGCUGGCCUUAACUCUCUGUCUUUCGACCUCUCCUCUGAACCCCGCCGUUUUAGAAAGCUCCAUCUGCUGUCCCACUGCUCACACCUCCCUGAUGUGCUGCUAGUUCAUACACCAAGUUCCUGCAGGACUAAUGCUUUUAAAAUGAGGUCUAAAAAAUAAUUACUAAUCAAGAGUAUUAUCUUUUAAACAGAACUGCCUUUUCUAUUCUUUAUAUAAACUCUAUUGUGUGGGUCUCUAAUAAGGCACUAUUUUUAAAUGUUUUUUUAAAGUUUCUCCCAUAGCACUUAAAAGAUAUUUUGUAAAAACUUUGCUGUAAAGAUUUUGUAAUAAAAUGGUCUAAGGGCUCCUUCUCCAACAUUACCAUUUAAAAAAUGUUUUAAAGGCUAGAAAACAACUUAUGUAUAUUCUGUAUAUGUAUAGCAGCACAUUUCAUUUAUGGAAAUAUGUUCUCAGAAUAUUUAUUUACUAAUAUAUUUAUCUUAAGCCAUGUCUUAUGUUGAGAGUGUGACAUUGUUGGAAUAAUCAUUGAAAAUGACUAACAUGAGGCCCUGUAAAUACAUGAUAAUUGCACACAGAUUUUACAUAUUUGCCGACCAAAAAUGAUUUAAAACAAGUUGUAGUCUUCUAUGGUUUUGUAACAAAUUGUACAAAUGACUGUAAAAAAAAAUACAAUUCUAUCAAGUACGUGUUA